AAUCAGUUUUGUGAAUCCGCCAAUAUUUUGUUUCCCUCACCGCAAUUUUGUAGUUGGAGUUGAGUAAUGCCGACGUUGCAAGCAAGCAAGUCAAAUUGUUCGGUUCCAUCGUGUGUACUAAGGCACAGGAUUUCUUACAUCGUUCCCGCUAUUAGAGUCUCUUCGAAGUGUCUCGUGAACACGUACUUUUCUCAGGAAUGCACCCACAUUAGUGGGACAAUCAAGAGGGAUUUUCCAAGACUUCGUCUGCUUGAGGCUUCCUGCUCUCUACGGGGAAAGCGGGACUUAGCAAAGCGAGAGAGAGAGACUUUCACCAUGGCUGUGGCUGAGGCACUGAUGCCCGCCUGGACGUCGUUUCCAAAUUUCAAAGCGAUGGAUAACCUUUGCGACAUGGAUGAGUGGGUGAGGAGCGGCGCAACAGGUGGCACGGGCAGCGCGCGCAUCGAGGUCGACUUGAGCAUCGUUCACUCUCCGUCUGCAGCCCACAAAGACGACGACGAGCUCGGGAAGUUUCUGGACCUCGAGUUUAUCCUGUCAAACACCAUCUGCACCGACUCUCCUGCCGGGGACAGCGACAGAGGGAGCGCGUCUCCCACACAGCAGCAGCAGCAGCAGCAGUGCGGGUACUCUUUGCCGGAGUCGCCGGAAAGCUGCGGCGGCGGUUCUCUGCCAGACUGCACCGACCCCCCGCCUUCUCACCUGGCUCAGGGCUUCGCGGGCGUCGUCGGCGGCUUCGUGGAGUCGAGCCCUGUCCGCAGCCUGAUGGCGGAACUUCUUACGCCCGACAUGAGUUAUCCAGAGGAAGACGCUCGGGAGAGAACGAGGAAGGCAGGGGACAGCUGCGAGUACACCGAGCUGCGGGCUUUAAACGGCCCUCCGCUCCCCCACGCGGCGUCACCUCCGCCCCCGCUUGGAUACAAAAUAAAACCCGAGCCCAGGGUGCAGUCCUGCAUGAUAGCUGCUGCAGGAGCCUUUGCGGAAGGAGCGUAUGAGAAACACCAGAUGCGUUCAGCCGCAACUUUUACGCACCACCAGCCUCCCGUUGCGGCGCAGGGCUUCGGCGCGCACCAGAUCCAACUUCAGGGACGCACAGACUGCACGCUGCAGCCGCAAAUGAGGCCCCACCAGCAGCAUCUUCAUCAUCACGAUCACGAUCAGAACCAGCUGUCAAGCCAGUACAUGAACGCGCCGUACCACCCGCAUUACGCACACCGAGGUGCGCCACAGUUCCAGGGACAGUUCAGCAUGCAUCCCCAGCAGCACCAUCCCGCCGCCUCGCUGCAGGGGAUGAUGCUCACUCCGCCCUCAUCGCCUCUGCUGGACUUUUACGCGCACGACGAGGCCGGCUGCGUGAAGCAGAAGCGAGGCCGCAAGUCUUGGACCAGGAAACGCGCCGCCACGCACAACUGCGAGUUCCCCGGCUGCGGGAAGACGUACACCAAGAGCUCCCAUCUCAAGGCGCACAUGAGGACGCACACAGGUGAGAAGCCUUACCACUGCAACUGGGAAGGCUGCGGCUGGAAGUUCGCCCGAUCCGACGAGCUGACUCGGCACUUCCGGAAGCACACAGGGCACAGGCCCUUUCAGUGUCACCUGUGCGAACGCGCGUUCUCUCGCUCGGACCACCUGGCUCUCCACAUGAAAAGGCACAUGUAGGUCACUCUCAGCUUACAGACUCUCUUUAUGGAACCCCCACUCCCACCACCCCGCACCACCCCAUCCUCCCUCUCCCCUCUGGGGUAUCACUGUCAGCAUCUCCAGAGACGCAGCACAGCAAGUGGAGAGCUUCUAACUGAACUGCUGUGCAUGAACCAAAUGAAGCAUUCACAUAGAGGAGCGUGCCGACCUGCGGUCAUUAUGUACUUUAUAAGAAGAUGCAAAGAAAGUGGGAAAUGGUGGAGAUUUUAUAUUUUUUAUGUUUUUUGUUUUGUUUUUAACUUUCUACAAGUGCCUCAUUUCUACUAAAUCAAGUGCCUCUGGUGGUUUCUGUAUAUUUUUGUAAAAAAAAACUAAAAUAAAAUAAAAUAUGACAAACACUGGCUAAGUUAUAGUAGUUUAGUAUUUAACUAAUUUCUUCCAUCUGCCUUUGUUCUAAGUUAUUGAUUAUAUGGUGAAUGUCUUAGCCAGACUGCUUUCAGGUCAAAGUUGCCAUAUUUUUCCUCAGCCCAACAGAUGUCACAGUCUUGCUUUGCAUUGUGGGAUCAGCCUGUGUUUCACUUUCAGUCUUAUUAUUUUUUUUUGCUCAUCCAAGCAAAAAUGACCAAAUUCAGGUACUAUGCUAGUUUUCUACAGCGCUAACAGACACAACUUCCUUCAUCUCAUCCACACGUGGCUCAUUUUGCCAGACUACGGUCAGGAGUGAAUGAAUGAGUGAGUGAAUGCAUGAAUGUUGAGCGACUGCGUCUUAAGAAUGAAGUAUCCGCUGUAACCACCGGUCAAACGGCUUUUACUUGAAACUAAAAUGUAAGUUUGCAUAUGUACUGCUGACGAAAUGCAAAUGUUUUUCUAAUGUGCUCAAGGGCUUGGAAUAAAAAAAAAGAAGUACUUUUACAACAAA